CCAGAAUAUAUUAAGUACUAGCAGCAUGGGAACAGAAAAGAAGUGUACGUAACUUGGAAGAGAUGGGGACAGGGUGGUCACAAGAUGAAGCCUCACAGUCGCAGCAGCUGAGUCCUGGAGAACCAUGUAACAAGCUCCUAAUCGAUUGUGUGCGACUGUUAAACAAGCGCACCUCAGAAAAGAAAUUUGAAAUCAACCAACAAAAACAUGAACAACAUCACUAUCAAUUAUUAUUCUUUUUUCGAGUAUUAGCACUAUUACUGUUAUUAUUACAGAAGUACUGGGUUGACAAGAAGUCCAACAACUGCUUCAUGGUGUAUCCAAGGGAUCUCACAAUCACUUGGGCUGACGACAAACGUUACUGGCACUGGCCUUCCCUGGAAGAAACAAGUAAUGUCUUCAUCGAUGUCGCUGAACUGUUAAGGGUAUGCUGGCUUGAAGUUCAUGGAAAAAUUGAUUCCACAAAGCUGUCACCAGGAACCCUAUAUGAAGUAGUAUUUAUAGUGAUGUUGAAAGCUGCAGCUUAUGGAUGGAAAGUUCCUGUCAAUGUCAGCCUCACUCUCCCAGAUGGUAACAAGCAAGAGCGUAAAGCUGAUCUGAAUAAAAUCCCAAGAGAACAAUGGACAGAGAUACCAGUAGGCGAGUUUAGAGCAUCACCAGGAUUACUUGGGAACAUUGAAAUUUCAAUGUAUCAAUAUGAUGAUGGCGGGAUAUGGAAGAGCGGACUUUUGAUCAAGGGCGUUGCCGUUCGGCCUAAAAGCUAAGAGAGUCUGCAACACUACGCUUAUGAACGGAGAGAGAAGAUGUUCUGAGUUUAUCAGCAAAAGCUGCAAAACUUCUUAGUGGUAUGGAUAUAUAAUGUGUUUCAAUAAAAUCUCAGAAAUUGCAAUU